AUGUGCUCGACUGCCAUUUGCCCUCUAUGCCAGAGAAAAUCGUGGACAGGAUGUGGCUCUCACGUCUCCGAGGUUAUGAGUAACACCAACAGAGAGCUCUGGUGCACCUGCAGGCACGCCGUCGAGGACGGCGACCCGAGGUUCCCUCCAAGAGCAGGCACCGGCUCUGCCCGCAAGAGCGUCUCCUCUGAAAGUUCAGGCCCCAAGGACUACUGA